AUGGUUCUCGUUAUGAAUGGGAUCUUUGUUGCACUUGUAGGUGCGGUCGUAGGUUUCCUACCGAAAGCUAUACUUCCACGUAGCUCCUCCAAGGUCUAUACUCCAUUCUUGGCCGAUCCCCUCAAGAACAUCACAUUCCGAGCUUACGACACUUUAACCCUCCUCGUCUUGGCCAUGUGGGCAGCUAUGUUCUUGGCUCCUCGUAGGAACAGAGGUCGGAGAUUAGGAAGAAUCUGGAUGUUCUGUCACUGUCCUCGGCAUUAG